AUGUCUUCGGCUACAGAGGCUCUUCUGGAGCCCAUCGAACCGAUGAAAGUGUCCAGCAAAAAUGUAGAGCCGGGAGCUCUACCGGAGAAGAAGAAGAUCAAAUCGUCUGGUGGCAACAGUCUAUCAAACUUGUUCCGACACUCUGAUUGCAUUGAUUACCUACUACUUCUUGGAGGGAUAGUUUUCAGUGCAGCCAGCGGUGCACUAUUGCCAUUCAACAGUCUAAUCUUUGAAGGUAUAACAAAUGUAUUGAUGACGGGUCAAUCUCAAUGGCAAAACGGGACGUUCAAUUAUGACAUGUUCAGUGUGGGAAUUCGACACUAUUGUCUGCUCUACUUUCUUUUGGGUGUCUUCAUGUUCCUUUGCACAUAUUUCGCGAAUGCAUGUCUCUACACCAUGGCUGAACGCCGUCUCUACUGUAUCAGAAAACACCUUCUGAAAUCAGUACUUCGCCAAGAUGCAAAAUGGUUUGACGAAAACACUGUUGGAGGGCUCACCCAGAAGAUGAGCAGUGGAAUUGAAAAAAUCAAGGACGGAAUUGGAGACAAGAUUGGAGUCAUCUUCUCAGGUGUCGCAACUUUUAUCAGUGGUGUUUUGCUUGGAUUCUACAUGUGCUGGCAACUAACUCUUGUCAUGUUAGUCACAGUGCCUCUACAACUUGGUUCAAUGUAUAUCACAGCAAAGCAUUUGAAUCGUGCAACCAAAAACGAAAUGUCGGCAUAUUCAAGCGCUGGUGGAAUGGCAAAUGAAGUUAUCGCCGGAAUCAGAACAGUCAUCGCUUUCAACGCACAACCAUUUGAAAUUUCAAGAUACGGAGAUCUGCUCGCUGAAGCUAGAAAAAUGGGUAUCCGGAAGUCGGUUGUUCUGGCUAUUUGCAGCUCAUUCCCGCUUGUUUUGAUGUUUGUUAUAAUGGCCGGAGCCUUCUGGUAUGGUGCGAUUCUUACUUCCUAUGGAGUGGCAACAUCUGGAACAACAUUCGGAGUGUUUUGGGCGGUCAUCUUGGGUACCAGACGUCUUGGGGAAGCUGCACCACAUAUGGGAGCUAUCACUGGCGCCAGACUAGCAAUUAAUGACAUUUUCAAAGUCAUUGAUCAUGAGCCAGAGAUUAACUGCACAACUGAAAGCGGUCGACGACCUGAGAAAAUUAAUGGAAAACUGAGUUUCGAUAACAUUCAAUUCACGUAUCCAACAAGACCAGAUGUUAAAGUUCUGAAAGGGGUAUCUUUUGAAGUGAAUCCAGGAGAAACAGUUGCAUUGGUUGGACACUCAGGAUGCGGAAAAUCAACAAGUAUUGGUCUUCUGAUGCGAUUCUAUAAUCAAUGCGGAGGAACGAUCAAACUCGAUGGAGUGCCUAUUGAAGACUACAAUAUUCAAUGGCUCCGCAGCACUAUUGGAAUCGUUCAGCAAGAACCAAUUAUCUUCUUGGCCACAGUAUCGGAGAACAUCAGAAUGGGAGACAACUCGAUCACUGAUAAAGAUAUCGAAAAUGCCUGCAAACAAGCGAAUGCACAUGACUUUAUCCUAAAACUCAGUGAUUGCUACGAGACUUUGAUUGGAGCUGGAGCUGUUCAAUUAUCAGGAGGACAGAAACAGAGAGUCGCGAUUGCCAGAGCUAUUGUUAGAAAGCCACAAAUUCUACUUCUCGAUGAAGCCACAAGUGCCUUGGACACAGAAAGUGAGCGUAUGGUUCAAGCAGCACUAGACAAAGCAUCACAAGGAAGAACCACACUGUGCAUUGCACAUCGUUUGAGCACAAUCAGAAACGCCAAUAAGAUUUUGGUAUUCGACCAAGGGCUUAUUGUGGAAAGCGGAACUCAUGAUCAGUUGAUCCGUCAGAAUGGAAUUUAUACCAGUAUGGUCAGAGCACAAGAGAUAGAAAGAGCACAGGAUGAUACUACAACGGAAGAUGAUACACUCGAUGAUGAUAUUGUAUCGAUUUCCCGCCGAAUGUCAACUUCUGAAGAAGAAGUGAGAAAAAGCAAGAGUCUUCUUAGAGACUCGAAACGACUCAGUCAGAGUAUGCUCAGUGUCACUUCUCAAGUGCCAGAUUGGGAAGUGGAAAGUGCUCGUGAAGAAAUGAUUGAGGAAGGUGGAAUGGAAGCGUCGAUGAUGGAUAUCUUCCGAUUCGCUGGACCGGAGAAAUGGAAAAUCAUAAUUGCACUAAUUUUCACAUUGAUCAGAGGAGUAACAUGGCCUGCAUUCUCUAUAGUGUAUGGACAACUUUUCAAAGUUUUUGCGGAGGGAGGAGAUGAUUUGCCAGAAAAUGCUUUUAUCAGUUCACUUUGGUUCCUCCUCCUGGCUUUUACCUCUGGACUCACUACUUUUGUUUCGGGAAGUCUCCUGGGGAAAACUGGAGAAACGAUGUCUAGCAGACUCCGAUUAGAUGUUUUCAAGAAUAUCAUGCAACAAGACGCCAGUUAUUUUGACGAUCCAAAGCAUAAUGUGGGAAACUUGACUUCUCGUUUGGCCACUGAUUCACAAAAUGUUCAAGCUGCCAUCGAUCACCGUCUUGCAGAAGUUCUCAAUGGUGUUGUUUCUUUGUUUACUGGUAUUGCGGUCGCAUUUUGGUUUGGAUGGAGUAUGGCUCCAAUCGGACUUUUCACAGCAUUAAUGCUGGUCGUUGCUCAGAGUGCAGUGGCUCAAUAUUUAAAGUAUCGAGGACCAAAAGAUAUGGAAUCAGCUAUUGAAGCUAGUAGAAUUGUCACUGAAUCAAUCUCGAAUUGGAAAACUGUUCAGGCUCUCACUAAACAAGAGUACAUGUUUGGAGCAUUCACCGCUGCCUCCAAAGCUCCACGUCAGAGAGCAUUCACUAAAGGUCUCUGGCAAUCGUUAUCGUUUGCAUUGGCUGGAAGUUUCUUUUUAUGGAACUUUGCAAUUGCGUACAUGUUUGGACUUUGGUUGGUCUCAAACAACUGGACAUCUCCAUUCGCCGUUUUCCAGGUUAUUGAAGCAUUGAACAUGGCUUCCAUGAGUGUGAUGAUGGCUGCUUCUUACUUCCCAGAAUACGUCAGAGCUAGAAUUUCAGCUGGUAUCAUGUUCACUAUGAUCCGACAAAAAUCGAGCAUUGAUAACCGUGGUAUUACUGGAGAAACACCGCUCAUCAAAGGAGAUAUCAACAUGCGUGGAGUCUACUUCGCUUAUCCAAACAGACGCCGUCAGCUUAUCCUGAACAACUUCAACAUGUCAGCCAACUUUGGUCAGACAGUUGCUCUUGUUGGUCCAUCCGGAUGUGGAAAGAGUACUACCAUUCAGCUCAUCGAACGGUACUACGACGCCAUCUGUGGAAGUGUAAAAAUUGAUGAUAAUGAUAUCCGAGAUAUUUCUGUCAAGCAUCUUCGUGAUAAUAUUGCUCUUGUUGGGCAAGAACCGACUCUCUUUAACUUAACUAUCAGAGAGAAUAUCACUUAUGGACUAGAGAACGUGUCACAGGAGCAAGUCGAAAAAGCAGCAACUCUGGCUAAUAUCCAUGGUUUCGUCAUGAAUCUACCGGAAGGAUAUAAUACUUCCGUUGGUGCUUCGGGUGGGCGAUUAUCUGGAGGUCAAAAGCAGCGAAUUGCAAUUGCAAGAGCAAUUGUCAGAGAUCCCAAAAUCCUUCUUCUCGAUGAAGCAACAUCUGCAUUGGAUUCUGAAAGUGAGAAGAUAGUUCAAGAAGCUCUUGAUAAGGCAAGACUUGGAAGAACCUGUGUGGUCAUUGCUCAUCGCCUAUCAACAAUUCAAAAUGCCGACAAGAUUAUUGUUUGUCGAAACGGUAAAGCAAUUGAGGAAGGAACUCAUCAAACCCUUCUAGCCAGACGUGGUUUAUACUAUAGACUCGUUGAGAAACAAUCCACAUAA